UCCCCAACUCGGGGUGCCUCUGCCCUGGUCCUUCGGUGUGAGGGUGAAUGCUGGCUCUUUGACUGUGGGGAAGGAACCCAGACACAGCUUAUGAAAAGCCAACUGAAAGCAGAUGGGCCAUGCUGGAGGUGAGAGCCUCUGUCUCCACCUCUGGAUCAAGCUGCCAUUCAAAGGAGGUGGAGUCAUCAGAGAAAAGAAAAGUGAAAGAAAACUUGCAAGCCUUUCCCAGCCCAGAUCAGAGAUGUUUCUCCUGGAGAAGUCUCAGGAAAGGUUAUCCUGAAUACCACAUGUCUAACAGUUUCCCUUGCAACGUUAGCCAGUGUUUUUCACUGCCUCCAAAAAAUUAAAAUUGCUCUGGAAAUUGGAGACAUAUUUGAUUUAAAAGAAACAACUUUUAACAAAUGGACAAUAUGUCUAUUACGAAUACACCAACAAGUAAUGAUGCCUGUCUGAGCAUUGUACAUAGUUUGAUGUGCCAUAGACAAGGUGGAGAGAGUGAAACAUUUGCAAAAAGAGCAAUUGAAAGUUUGGUAAAGAAGCUGAAGGAGAAAAAAGAUGAAUUGGAUUCUUUAAUAACAGCUAUAACUACAAAUGGAGCUCAUCCUAGCAAAUGCGUUACCAUACAGAGAACGUUGGAUGGAAGGCUUCAGGUGGCUGGUCGGAAAGGAUUUCCUCAUGUGAUCUAUGCCCGUCUCUGGAGGUGGCCUGAUCUUCACAAAAAUGAACUAAAACAUGUUAAAUAUUGUCAGUAUGCGUUUGAUUUAAAAUGUGAUAGUGUCUGUGUAAAUCCAUAUCACUAUGAACGAGUUGUAUCACCUGGAAUUGAUCUCUCAGGAUUAACACUGCAGAGUAAUGCUCCACCAAGUAUGUUGGUGAAGGAUGAAUAUGUUCAUGACUUUGAGGGACAGCCAUCGUUAUCCACUGAAGGGCAUUCAAUUCAAACCAUCCAGCAUCCACCAAGUAAUCGUGCAUCGACGGAGACAUACAGCACCCCAGCUCUGUUAGCUCCAUCUGAGUCUAACGCUACCAGCACCACCAACUUUCCCAACAUUCCUGUGGCUUCCACAAGUCAGCCUGCCACUAUAUUGGCGGGCAGCCAUAGUGAAGGAUUGUUGCAGAUAGCUUCAGGGCCUCAGCCAGGACAGCAGCAGAAUGGAUUUACUGGUCAGCCAGCUACUUACCAUCAUAACAGCACUACCACCUGGACUGGAAGUAGGACCGCACCAUACACACCUAAUUUGCCUCACCACCAAAACGGCCAUCUUCAGCACCACCCGCCUAUGCCGCCCCAUCCCGGACAUUACUGGCCAGUUCACAAUGAGCUUGCAUUCCAGCCUCCCAUUUCUAAUCAUCCUGCUCCUGAGUAUUGGUGUUCCAUCGCUUACUUUGAAAUGGACGUUCAAGUAGGAGAGACAUUUAAGGUUCCUUCAAGCUGCCCCAUUGUUACUGUUGAUGGAUACGUGGACCCUUCUGGAGGAGAUCGCUUCUGCUUGGGUCAACUGUCCAAUGUCCACAGGACAGAAGCCAUUGAGAGAGCAAGGUUGCACAUAGGCAAAGGUGUGCAGUUGGAAUGUAAAGGGGAAGGUGACGUCUGGGUGAGGUGCCUUAGCGACCACGCAGUGUUUGUGCAGAGUUACUACUUGGACAGAGAGGCUGGGCGCGCACCCGGAGAUGCCGUGCACAAGAUCUACCCAAGUGCUUAUAUAAAGGUCUUUGAUUUGCGUCAGUGUCACCGUCAGAUGCAGCAGCAGGCUGCCACUGCACAAGCUGCAGCAGCCGCCCAGGCAGCAGCUGUGGCAGGAAACAUCCCUGGCCCGGGAUCAGUAGGUGGAAUAGCUCCAGCUAUCAGUUUGUCUGCUGCUGCUGGAAUUGGUGUCGAUGACCUUCGUCGCCUGUGCAUUCUCAGGAUGAGUUUUGUGAAAGGCUGGGGACCGGAUUACCCACGACAGAGCAUCAAAGAAACGCCUUGCUGGAUAGAGAUUCACCUACACCGGGCCCUCCAGCUCCUAGAUGAAGUACUUCACACCAUGCCUAUUGCCGACCCACAGCCUUUAGACUGAGGUCUUUUACUGUGGGGGCCCUUGACAUUCAUUAUCAGGAUGGUGGACUAUAAAAUACAAUCCUGUUUAUAAUCGGAAGAUAUAUUUCACUUUUGUUCUGCUUUAUCUUUUUCAUAAAGGGUUGAAAAAUAGGUUUGCUGCCUUGCUCCUAGCAGACAGAAACUGGAUUAAAACAAAAAUUUUUUUUUCCUAUGUAGAACUUUUCAGGCAUGGCUCAGAGCUUGGAAGAUCAGGAAAAACACAUUCUUAUUAAAUCGUCACCAGUUAUUAUGAAGGAAUCAUUCCAAUGCUGGAAAAUUUAGCCCUUUAAACCGUCUUAGACCCUUUUCUAUGCAGAACAUCAGUAGGUGUGUUAUUCUACAGAAUAGAUUCAAUAUUGCUGAUUUUAAAGGCAGAGGAGUUCUCAAAGUUAAUUCACCUAUGUUAUUUUGUGUGUAAGUUGUUACUGUUGAACAUACUUUACUCCAAAGUAUUGUGCCAUGUGGGUGAGUUAAUUUUACCAAGAGCAACUUUACUCUGUGUUUAAAAAGUAAGAUAGUAAUGUAUUAUAACCUUUUAUCCAAAAUAUUUUUUUGCAAGUUAAACUAGUGAAGAUGAUUUCAGUUCAGAUUGUCUUGCGACUUCAAUUUUAUUUUUGCCAAGGCAAAACACUAAUCUCUGUAUGUAUACUGAGAAUUCCUUAAAAUUACCAGACAAAGAAAUAUCAUUUAAAAUUACACUUGUUAUCCCUGUUGGAUAACUGUUUAUCAAGUAGUAUACUUUUGCCCUGUUAAGCAGUAGGUGUAUUCUAUAUUUCUGGGCGCGAGGUUGGUUACUAAGAAGCCUAGAAGAGGAAUUUCUUUCCUUCAUUAAUUCAUAGGGAAAGGUUUUGUAUUUUUAAAAACACUAAAAGCAGUGUCACUCCACCUAAUAUCUCACCCUUCUACAAAGGUGGCAAUGCUUAAACUAAAUGAUGAUUAUUUUGGAAACUGCUAAAUUCUAUGUUAAAUAUUGUGCAGAAUAAUGGAAACAUUACAGUUCAUAAUAGGUAGUUUGGAUAUUUUUGUACUUGAUUUGAUGUGUGACUUUCUUUUCAUAUACUGUUUAAAUCAUGUAUGUUAUGACAUUGUUUAAAAUUCAGUUUUUGUAUCUUGGGGCAAGACUGCAAACUUUUGAUACCUUUUGGUUAUUCUAAGCCCUUUGCCAUCAAUGAUCAUAUCAGUUGGCAGUGACUUUGUAUAGAGAAUUUAAGUAGAAAAGUUGCAAAUGUAUUGACUGUACCACAGACACAAUAUGUAUGCUUUUUACUUAGCUAGUAGCAUAAAUAAAACCGAAUCUCAACAUACAAAGUUGAAUUCUAGGUUUGAUUUUUAAGUUUGUUUUUGUUUUCUUUUGCACUUUUGAGUCCAGCCUCAGUGGUGAGACACCUUCUACUAAAUGACAGGCAACAGCCAGUAUUGCAGCUUUGGUUUUUCCCUCACACUCUACUGGGACUUUCCCACGGAAAUUACGUAUCAAGUGUAGAGUUGGUUAUUUUUUUGAACUUUUACUGUAGCAAAAAUAGGCCUGAUUGUCUAUGAGAUAAAUAGGUUGUCUACAGGAUAAAUAGUGUGAAAUAAAAUUAUCUUCCAGAUGCUUUUACUUUUUGCUUGGAGGGCAGUUUGAGAUACAGAAGCACUUAUGCAUGACAGUCAUCCUUAUAACGACUUAGAUAAACAAGGCUUCAGCCUCCUCGCCCAGAAGAUCUUCUUAGGACCAUCCUAGAAACCACUGAGUUUGCUUAUUGCUGUGAGUUAAGCAUAGCUCUUGAUCCGGCUACAUGUCUUUUGUUUUUAAAAUAACUUCUCUACCAGCUCAUUGUACUCUUGAGUACUUACAAAUACCUUUGUUAAAGACCUCAUUUUAAUCUGUAGAAGUUGUGAUUUAAGUUUUAUUGGCAGAUUUUUAAAAAGCUACUACCUUUAUUCUUUAGAAAUUAUUGACUUUAGGUCCAUUUUACUGUGAAUGAAUAAGAAUGAGAGGAAAGAGUUGUAGAAUGACUGAUUUUUAAAAUCCAGUUUAUUUGAUUAGAACCAUAAGCAUGCUAUGAUAUAAUCUAUUGCCUCCUUUUCUACUUUACGGAGGGUUUUCAUGUUUAAUCAUCUGGGGAAAGUAUGCAGAAAAUACUUCCUAAGAAGUCUGUCUUUGAGGCCAAGCCACCUGUCUUGGUUUCUUUCUGCUAAGAGCCAUAAAAUUACUAAAAAGUACAUAGAAGUACUUCUAGUUAUUGUUUUGUAUUUAUACCUAGAUGCAGUCACAUGCUUUUGAGAAAACAUCUAGUAUGUUAAAAUCAGUUAUUCCUGAGAGCUUAGUUGUUAAGUGGUAUUUCCAUUUUUUAAAGGUAGUCAUCUUUGAUGAGUAAGAGUAAAGAAUCAGUAGGUUUAAAAUUUGUGCCUACUUUAAGGGUAGAAGACUUUCUGCAGCUCUCGGAAUCUGAUUAUUAAUGAGGAUAUGAUUCUGGGUGGGUUUUCUCUCGCUAGUUCGUAUCGCAGAGACUCUCAGAAUGUUGAAUUUCAGUGAAAGCUGAGUGAGAGAUGAACCAAGUAUGAAACUUUAUAAUCCAGUAUGAGCCCCAUUCUACUUUUGUCCAGUGCCUUUCUGUGCAUUAUCAAAGGGAAUCCGAAAUGGUGUUGCCUUCAUUUUCCAGGGAGUAGAUUCUUUUGUGGGAUGUAGUCUUAUCUCAUUUUUUAAACUAUACUACACCUGGUAUACAAAGAUAAUGAUAAUAAAUCAUUGCCACAGAACCUUGUUUUUCCAGAAGCAUGGCUCAUUUGUAUUGGCCUAAUUACUAAACAGGUCACCUAUCCCAUUCCUCCUGUAAACAUUGUGGGUUUACAGAUUCGGUGAUCUGGCUGAAGGAUAACCAAACAGCCACAUAAACUGAACACAUACUAGUUGUGUUGUAUUUCAAAGUUAAAAAUCCAUUUUUGUGGUGGAAAUGGCAGUAUUUGUAAUAGAAAAUUUGAAGGCAAAACAUAAUGCCCUGUCUUCCAGGUAAUAAAUACCUUAUUUUAAAAGUUUAUUGCAGUUUUCAGUUUUCUUUUUGAUUGUCCCCAUCUGAAGAAGGGAAAUUUUAUAUUUUCCCAAGGUGUUCCUUUACUAUCUGUGAAGGGUAAAGAAUAAGAACAUAAGGUGAAAUAUUUUUAUUCCUGGUUUGGUGGCACCUGGUCAAUUUAAAGUUACUCAUUAGCUAUUAUGCAAAAUCAGAUUAGUUCACAUCCUUUUUGAGAGCCUUUUGGAAGAAGCAAUUUUCUUCUGAGUAGGGUAGAAUCCUUUUUGUUGACAGUUUUUAAUGAGCAUAUGAAAGCAAUUACCUGUAAAGUCAGUUAACAACUCUUGUAGAUGGGGCUUGGUUAAGACUAGCAGAUAAUAGAAUAAAGAAAUGCAUUCUUUUUCUUUCCAAAGGCAGAACCCAUCUUAUUGCAGAUGGCCAUCUGUAAAUAAUCGCCAAAAUCCUCCUUUGCAAGAUUAUAGAAAAUAGGCUAUGAGAAACUUUUGUUGAAGCCUUUCCAUUUUUUCCUGACAGCUAGAUACAGAAGGAUGUGAAAAGUUCGUGGCCGUGUUCAUUGCAGCGUCCUCAGGCCCAACCUUGCCCUAUAGUACUUGUCCCAGUGUAGCUCGGUUGCUUAUCUUAUUUAUCUGGUAUCACUGUGGAAUGGAAUUUUCUGCAUAAUCCAAACUUGCCUUAUUUAAGCAGUAAAACUUUUGUUUUAGCCAUUUCUUUGAUGGAGUUAUUUAAUGUGUAUAUCAGAGAAUGUGUACUGGGUAUAAUGUUUCUUUUUUGUGUCAAGUUGUCUUUGUAGACAUUAGGGGCGGCUUGGACAGGCAGGACUGUUUCGCCUUUACUAAAUGGUUGCCCACUGCUAUGGUUUUGAAUGUUUCGUGUUUUUACACACCCACCCCAGUCUUCUCCCUUUCUGACAGUGGCCACUUUCUGUGUGUUGUUAGUGUACCUUAGUAGUAUCUUCUUCCCUUUCUGAUUGAUUUUUUCUAGCUGCUUGGGCAAGGAAACCAGAUAACCAAACUUAUUAGAGCUUUCUUGGAAACACAAGGGCAAACUGGGAUGGGGCGCAAGAAACUUUCCUAUAAAGUAUUGAAAAGGACUUCCGUGCUUUGGCUUUUGACUGCAUAGAGUGCUCCUGAUUCUUGCUGAGAUUCAGGUAGUUGAGGUAGAGAGAAGUGAGUCAUACUCAUAUUUUCAUCCUUUGCAAGAUUUUGAAAGUUUUGUUGCUUCCACUUGAAUGCUGCUCACAUAAAAAUUGGGGUUCCAAGGGGUACUAAAUUAGUAUCAAUAGUCAGAGGCAAUACCGUUGCUUAGAGGUGACACCAGCAAAAAACAAACAACAAAACGGAAAACCUUGGGAAUCGAGAGGGUCAUUUUUGUUUCAUUUUGGUGUCCCCUUUUGAGCCCAAUGUUCUGGCCUUCCUCCUCUAGAUGUUUUUGACCUAUAGGUGCCUUUAUGAGAAUUGAGGGUCUGAUAUCCUGCCCCAAGGAGUAGCUCAAGUAAUUGCUGAUGUUUUCAGGGGUUUUAACAUCAGACUUGAAUAAACGAACCCCCGCUUCCCCCUUUUCUUUAACUGUAGGAAGGACUGAGGAGAAACCUCUGGUGAAGACAAUCAUUUCUCUCUAAUGAUACACAUAGUUUUCACGGUUUAUUUAAGAUGCUUUCUCAGUAGAUGUCAGAGCCCAUGUUCUUGUUCAACCUGAAAUGAGUGGCUCUGGACUGGGGCCAGACAGUUGUACUCUCUAGUUUGCACUCUGCCACUAGUUUGCUAUAUGACCUUGGGCAAGUCAUUUACUUUCUUUGGGCCUCAGUUGCCUCAUCUGUAAAAUGAGGGAGCUGGACUAGAUGAGUUCUUCCAGCUCUGAAAUUUAAGUGACCUUGCCUACCUUGCAGCGAUUUUUGAUUUCUUCCUUACCUUUGCUGUUUGAGGGGGCUUUUUACUUAUUUCCAUGUUAUUCAAGUGAGACUAGGCUUGAUAUUUUAUUACUACUCGCCUCUGGACAAGAAGUUACAUAAUAUGUCCUUAAGACAUAAAUUCAACCAAAGGCCUAGCACCACCUUGGGGGCUGCAAUAAAUACUUAAAAAAACAAAAAAACACUGAAAGGGGAAAAGCCUUCAUUUAUUUUCCCAUCAUCUAUAUUAAAGGUUUAUUAAGGCUUUUUUGAGUCAUGAUGUUCUCCCUUUUGGUUUGGUAUGUGUGUGGCACCAUCCCCUUAAGUGCUGUGUGCUCAUAAUUUUUUUCAACUAAAAUGGAUUGAAAACUUACUGUAAAUGCCUAAUGAUAUUAGAGGUCAUCACUUUGGGUCUUUGGUUUCUUAACUCUUCUAUGCUUAAAAUGGAAAUUCCUUUCAACUGCAUCAACUAAAAUGGUUUAUAUAACUCAAGAAAACAAUACCAGUGGGUGAUUAUUCACUUUAUUCUUGGCUCUUUUAGGUCUAUUUUGAUUAGAAGACUUUUGGCUGGAGCAUUCCUGUCAGAGUUCUCUUCCAGCCUAUCCUUGGAUGAGUGUAAUUAGUGAACUUGGCUUUUUCAGGGACCUUGAGAGCCUUCCUUGGGGUUGGGUUGAGGGUGGGGGGUUGGGGAGUCCUGGUAGAGGCCAGCUCUCUGGGAGCUGGAGAGGAAGUGAUGAAACCAGCUGCUAUUUCUAUGGCUGCUUGUCAUUGAUAGAAGGACUCAUGGGCUUGAUUGGUUAAAAGGCUAAACAUGGAGCCAGCAAACUUCCUCCAGGUAUUGGGUUCUGGCCAAGGCCUCGGACAUGAGAUAUAAGGGAAACGUGUGAAUGCUUGUAGAUGAUGAAACCCUGGUGGGCUGCAGAACCAUUUGGAGGAAGUGACUGGGGGUUGGGACAGAUUCGGUGGUGGUAUUUCCCAACUCUGUCUUCUCCCCUGAACUCCGAGGAAUGCAGCUAUGAUAAAACCCGGAGAAGAACCACACUUAGCUUCUGCUUUUGGGAAAACUGGUCAGCUAAAGUUGUGGUAGUUGCUUUGUGGCUUUCUGUAUACUGUUGCCUGGUUGAAGUCUGUGGCUGAAAAAUAGUUAAAACUUUCCUGAGAACUCUGUAACAAAGUAUGUUUUUGAUUAAAAGAGAAAGCCAAUUAAAUAAU